AUGUCCAUCACAAGACGAGCCCAGCAAGCGACAUCACCAUGGUGCGAUUCUACCCCAGUGCCGCGCCUAUCCCUACCCGUAUCUCAAAUCAACACUGUCAACUCGUCUCAUACCCCCAACCACAUGGCUGUGGACAAUAAGCUAUCUGCCCCUGCAAAUAUCGACCGGAAUAUUUGUUAA